AUGGUCGACCGCCUCAAGCAGCUGUCCUUCCAGGUCAGCGCCACGACACCGCCUCCUCAUCCUCUAGAUCCCUUGAGCGCAUCCGAAAUUGACACGGUUGUGGCCCUCAUUCGGGAAAAAUAUGCUCCAGUCAAUUUCAAUGCAGUGUCCUUGGACGAGCCUCGCAAAGCAGACAUGCUCGCGUGGCUUGCAAACCCGGAAAAUACCCCUCCCCCUGGCCGUCGGGCUGAUGUCGUCUGCAUUGCCCCGCAGGGAAAAGUGUACGAUGGAGUUGUUGAUUUGGACAAGAAAGAAGUCGUGGAAUGGAAGCACACGCCAGGCGUACAGCCCAUUAUCACGAUGGAAGAGCUCCAAGAUGUUGAGCAUAUCUGUCGUCAGGAUCCCAAAGUGAUUGAGCAGUGCGGAAUCCUGGGGAUUCCACCAGAAGACAUGAAUAAAGUAUACUGUGAUCCAUGGACAAUUGGCUACGACGAACGCUUCGGGAGUAAUGUCCGAUUACAACAGGCAUUGAUGUACUACCGUCCACACGUCGACGACUCGCAAUAUGGCUAUCCGCUUGACUUUUGCCCAAUUUUCAACGCUGAGACCAAGAGCAUCAUUCACAUUGACAUCCCUCCCGUGCGCCGGCCGCUCAACAAAGCCCCUCCAAACAACUAUCACGUCAAGUCUAUUGAAGAAUCAGGUGGAUACCGCACAGAUAUCAAGCCCAUUAACAUCACACAACCUGAGGGAGUAUCGUUUAAGAUGAAUGGUCGAGUCAUUGAUUGGCAAAAGUGGAAUAUCCACAUUGGAUUCAACUACCGCGAAGGCAUUGUCCUAAACAACAUUACAUUCAACGACAAGGGAAACGUGCGCCCUGUCAUGUACCGUUUGUCGUUGGCAGAGAUGGUAGUUCCGUAUGGAAACCCAGAGCACCCGCAUCAACGCAAACAUGCAUUUGACUUGGGAGAAUACGGUGGCGGGUACAUGACCAACAGCCUGUCGCUAGGUUGCGACUGCAAGGGUGCUAUCCAUUAUAUGGACGCCGCUUUUGUAAACCGAGCGGGCGCAAGCACCGUCAUCAAGAAUGCUAUCUGUAUUCAUGAAGAAGAUGCCGGGAUCCUAUUCAAACACACCGAUUUCCGUGAUGAUUCAACCAUUGUCACCCGUGCUCGAAAACUCGUCAUCUCCCAUAUCUUCACUGCAGCAAACUACGAGUACUGUGUGUACUGGAUAUUCCAUCAGGAUGGCACUAUCCAGCUUGACAUCAAGCUGACUGGUAUUCUCAACACAUAUUCGUUGAACCCUGGCGAGGAUACCCAUGGCUGGGGCACCGAAGUCUACCCUGGAGUUAAUGCCCACAACCACCAGCAUUUGUUUUGCUUGCGUAUCGAUCCGCAAAUCGAUGGACAGGAAAACACCAUCUUCCAAGUCGAUGCCGUGCGGGGACCCGGUGAAGUCGGCAGUGCCGAAAACAAAUACGGAAAUGCGUUUUAUGCUCAAAAGACCAAAUUCACAACUCCCGUCGAGGCCAUGUCGGAUUAUAAUGGAGAUACCAGCCGAACGUGGGAAAUUGCCAACACGAACAAGCUGAACCCGUACAGCAAGAAACCGGUAUGCUACAAGCUCGUCAGCCGCGAGGUUCCUAAACUGCUACCAAAGGAGGGAGGACUGGUGUGGAAGCGGGCUGGAUUCGCUCGCCAUGCGGUUCACGUCACAAAAUACGCCGACAGCCAACUCCAUCCGGCCGGCCGUCACGUCCCACAAACCUCGGGCGAACCUUCAAUGGGAUUGCCCAUGUGGAUUCAAGAAACGAGCACCGAGUCCAUUGACAACACCGAUGUCGUCCUAUGGCACACCUUUGGCCUCACACAUUUCCCUUCUCCCGAAGAUUUCCCUGUCAUGCCCGCCGAGCCCAUGACUGUGUUGCUGCGUCCAAGGAAUUUUUUCGAUCGUAAUCCGGCUCUGGACGUGCCGCCGAGUUACGCUCGCACUCCAUCACAGGUUGCUGCUGCUGCUGCGAAGUCUGGGUGUGGAUGUGAUCCGAAACCCAAGGGUGAUGGGAGCAGUGUGCUUGUCAAGUAG